AUGGGCGAGGAGGACGGCGGCGACGAGGACAUCGAGAAGCACGUGAAGCGGCGCUUCGAGAUCUGCCAGCGCCUGGGCAAAGGCGCCUACGGCAUCGUCUGGAAGGCCGUGGAGAAGCGGAGCCACAACGUCAUCGCUUUGAAGAAGUGCUUCGACGCGUUCCGCAAUUCGACCGACGCGCAGCGGACGUUCCGCGAGAUCAUGUACCUCCAGAAGCUCAGCGGCCACGAGAACAUCAUCCGGCUCCAGCACAUCAUCAAGGCCGAGAACGACCGCGACAUCUACCUGACCUUCGACCACAUGGAGACGGACCUGCACGCGGUCAUCCGCGCGGCGAUCCUCGAGGACAUCCACAAGAAGUACAUCAUCUACCAGCUGCUCAAGGCGCUCAAGUACAUGCACAGCGGCGACCUGCUCCACCGCGACAUCAAGCCGUCGAAUUUAUUGCUGAACAGCGACUGCCACGUGAAGCUCUGCGACUUCGGGCUCUGCCGGUCGGUGGCGGAGGUCGAGGGCCCGAGCCCCGUGCUCACGGACUACGUGGCGACGCGCUGGUACCGCGCGCCGGAGAUCCUGCUGGGCAGCCCCGUCUACACGAAGGGCGUCGACAUGUGGGCCGUGGGCUGCAUCCUGGGGGAGAUGCUCAACGGGAAGCCCAUCUUCCCGGGCACGUCGACGGUGAACCAGCUCGAGAAGGUGCUGGAGCUCACGGGCAAGCCGUCGAAGGAGGACGUCGACGCCGUCGGGUCGCCCUACGCGGCCCAGAUGCUCGACAGCAUCGGCAACGUCACGCGCGUGCCGCUCGACCUGGGGACGACGACGGGCGACCCCAAGGGCCCGUCCGUGCUCCACUCGACGCUCAAGUUCAACCCGGCGAACCGCGUCUCCGCCGUCGACGCCCUCAACGACGCCUGGGUCGCCGAGUUCCACAAGAGCGAGGAGGAGCCCGACUACCCGGGCGGGCCCAUCAAGAUCGUCAUCGACGACAACACGAAGCUCACGGCCCAGGACUACCGCAACAACCUCUACAUGCAGAUCUCCCAGAUCAAGAAGGACGCGCGCCGGCGCGACCAGGCGCGCGGCGCCAACGCCGAGAACGCGAAGCCCGCCGAGAACGCGAACGCGGACCCGAACGCCGCGCCGCCGCAGGCCGCGGCCGCGGCGACCGCGCCGCCCGCGGCGGCCGCCGCCAAGGCCGCGGCGCCCGCGGCGCAAUAG